CUAACAGUGAGCUUUGUGCUCUCUUGCAGGCUCUGAUCCCUGAUCUACAAUGGAAAAACUGCCUUUGUAUCUGCUGUUCAUUGCUGUCGCAGCGAGAGCCCAGAUCUGCCCCAAGCGCUGCGUCUGUCAGAUUUUGUCUCCAAAUCUUGCAACCCUUUGUGCCAAGAAAGGGCUUUUAUUUGUGCCCCCCAACAUCGACAGAAGGACUGUGGAGCUGCGGCUGGCAGACAACUUUGUGACAAACAUCAAAAGGAAAGAUUUUGCCAACAUGACCAGCCUGGUGGACCUGACGCUGUCCCGGAAUACAAUCAGUUUUAUUACACCUCAUGCAUUCGCCGACUUGCGCAACUUGCGGGCUUUGCAUUUGAACAGCAACAGAUUGACUAAGAUCACGAAUGACAUGUUCAGCGGGCUUUCCAACCUGCACCAUCUGAUACUUAACAACAACCAGCUGACUUUAAUUUCUUCCACCGCCUUUGACGACGUUUUAGCUCUUGAGGAACUGGAUCUGUCCUAUAACAAUCUAGAAACGAUCCCUUGGGAUGCCGUGGAGAAGAUGGUUAGUUUGCACACCCUCAGCUUAGAUCACAACAUGAUUGACCACAUCCCUAAGGGGACUUUCUCCCAUCUCCACAAGAUGACCAGGCUGGAUGUCACAUCCAAUAAAUUGCAGAAGCUGCCACCUGACCCUCUCUUCCAGCGAGCUCAGGUAUUAGCAACCUCAGGAAUCAUCAGCCCCUCGACUUUCGCCUUGAGCUUUGGUGGAAACCCUUUGCAUUGCAAUUGCGAACUCCUGUGGCUGCGGCGUCUUUCCAGAGAAGACGACCUAGAGACUUGUGCUUCUCCUCCACUGUUAUCUGGUCGGUAUUUCUGGUCAAUCCCGGAGGAAGAGUUCCUGUGUGAGCCCCCUCUCAUUACCAGACACACACAUGAGCUGAGAGUGCUGGAGGGCCAAAGGGCCACUCUGAGGUGUAAGGCCCGGGGCGAUCCAGAGCCAGCUAUUCAUUGGAUUUCCCCAGAAGGCAAACUUAUUUCCAAUGCCACAAGGUCACUGGUGUAUGACAAUGGAACCCUUGACAUCCUUAUAACAACGGUGAAGGACACAGGCUCCUUCACUUGCAUAGCAUCCAAUCCCGCAGGAGAAGCCACUCAAACAGUGGAUCUUCACAUCAUCAAACUUCCUCAUUUGCUAAACAGCACAAACCACAUUCACGAGCCUGACCCUGGCUCCUCGGACAUCUCAACGUCCACCAAGUCAGGGUCAAAUGCCAGCAGUAAUAACGGGGAGACAAAAGUCAGCCAAGAUAAGAAAGUUGUAGUCGCAGAAGCAACAUCGUCUACUGCGCUACUCAAAUUUAAUUUUCAGAGAAAUAUCCCAGGCAUCCGUAUGUUCCAAAUCCAGUACAAUGGUACUUACGAUGACUCGCUUGUUUACAGAAUGAUACCUCCCACGAGCAAAACCUUCCUGGUCAACAACCUGGCUGCCGGGACCGUCUACGACCUGUGUGUCCUGGCGAUCUACGACGACGGCAUCACCUCCCUCACUGCCACCAGGGUCAUCGGGUGCAUCCAGUUUACUACCGAGCAGGAUUACGUCCGGUGCCAUUUCAUGCAGUCCCAGUUCCUGGGCGGCACCAUGAUUAUCAUCAUUGGUGGGAUUAUAGUGGCUUCCGUGCUCGUUUUCAUCAUCAUCCUCAUGAUCCGCUACAAGGUGUGUAACAACAAUGGGCAGCCCAAGGUGACCAAGGUCAGCAAUGUGUAUUCCCAGACAAACGGGGCGCAGGCGCAAGGAUGCAGCGGGGCCCUGCCCCAGUCCAUGUCCAAACAGGCUGUUGGGCAUGAGGAGAGCGUCCCGUGCUCCAGACUUCCCAAUGACCAUGGGACACAGUCGUCAGACCCUUGCUCGAGCCAGGACUCCUCUACCACUACCUCUGCUCUGCCUCCCACGUGGACUUCCAGCACUUCUGCCUCCCAAAAGCAGAAGAGAAAGCCUGGGCCAAAGCCAAGCAAUGAGCCACAGAGCGAAGCUGUCACAAAUCUCGAGUCCCAGAACACUAACCGAAAUAACUCGACUGCGCUGCAGUCAGCUAGCCGUCCCCCCGCCUCUGUCAAAGGGCCCCCCACCUACAAAAGAGCACAAGCCAAGCCAAGUAAGUUUCUCACUUUGCCAGCUGAAAGCUCCAGAGCAAAGCGCAGGUUCUCCCUGAACGGAGAAGUAAUGGAAUACCAUUGGUAUGGUAACUCCCAGAACACAGGUGGAUUAUGGUCUAAAAGGAGCAUGUCCAUGAAUGGGAUGCUAAUUCAGUCAGACAAUUCUGAUGUGGAUAGUGGAAAAGCAACUUUCUCAAGUUCUGAGUGGAUAUUGGAAAGCACUGUGUGACCUGCUUUUUAAAGUGUAUUUCGUUUUCUUAUCAUGGGAAACGUGUCUGAGAACUCCCUCCUGGGAGCGGGGGAUUUGGAAUUCCACUCCUGUCUCGCUGGGGUCUGGCUUGUCCAUGCAGGGUUGUGUGUGAGCUGCCCCGGGCACACAGGUUUUGUUACGUUUAUUUUAUUUUAUUUAAUAUAACAACCGAAGGCAACAUUCAAAGGUAAAAAUGAUGAAAGGGAAAAAAGCAUGAAACAGCACCAGUGCCUUCCCUUACUCUAGGACUGGCGUCCUGGUUCUGCAGUAGCAGAAAACAAAAGCGAGCUUCGUGGGAAAAGCCUUUUCUGAAGGAAAUGCUGUUUCCUCCAAGCUAGCAAAAGACAACUCAUGGGUCAAUCAGUAAAAUGGCAUUUUUAAAAUGAUCAGACUGUAUGUUUCUUUCCAGUGGCAAUGGGUGUUGCCUUUGUUUUUAGGCAAAUGCUGUACAGAAACAACAACUCUGUGUUGUUAUGUUGUGUAAAAUAAAAUAUCCAAGACGCUACCCAGCCAGUGUUAAAGUAAGUGCCCUUGUGAGCAGUACGCUUGCUGUAGGUGCCAUAGGGGUUCCCAGGGACUGGCGGUUCUGCAGCUGGUGCGUGGAGCGGGGGAAGCAGAGGCCCCGAUGCACGGAGGGCUCUGGGGCGAGUAACGCUCUAGGCGCGUGUGCAGGAAGGAAGCCACAACCAGAUCCUCGGCUGGUGGACGUGGGGGUUGCGCCUCCCCGGCCAGUGAGGACGCGAGUGCAGAGCAGAGGGCCUGGCUCAGAGCCAGACUCCCCCGUGCAGUGUUUGGGUUCAGGGCUGGCAGGUGAGGGCCAGCCGUGACAGGUCUUUACGCCCGAGUGUAGCUGGGUCUCACGAGGCAGGGCAGUGUAGGGCCUGGUGUGUCAGUCUCAGAAGAGAUGGAAAGCCCCCAGUGCCCCAGGGCCCAGAUCUGCUGUCCCUAACCAGCAGACUGCAGGGACUGCACAGCGGGGGGUUACGGGUCCAGGGGCAGGCGUGUCGGCCUCAGACAUGGAAAGCCACCCUGGAGCGCAGGAAACCUGCCUCGUCUUCAUCCCCACGUUAGCCAGGGCUCAGCCGCAUGGCAGCCUUGACCUGUGGCCCAGCCACGCUCCGCCGUGCCACGCAAUGCCCGCACCCAGCUCUGCCAGCCCCACAAGCCGCGCUGGCCCCGGGUGCCGGAGUGCUCCCAUGAUUGUGCCCCCUGCUGCUUCUCGGGCCUGGGAAGCAGCAGGUCGGUGGAAAUGCAGGCCGGGCCCAGCACCGUGGAUUAGACGGGCGCGCAGCAUGCAGAUCUGUGACGGCUAAAAGCACGUUUUGUGAUCAGAUGAAUCCCAGAGGCUCGGGAACAGGAGUGAGCGGGUGCAUCAUCUUCUGGCAAAUGAUUAUUAUUAAUGCUAAUUAAUACAAUACUUAAUAAUUAAUGUGUUUUAUUAAAACAACCCUUUCCCAGCCCCGGGGCUUCUUCCCCUGCCAUUUCUGCACGUUCACAUCCUGUGUGCAGCUCUCUCCGCUGCU